AUGGCCACCGCUACUAAGAUUAAUCUAUCGCCGAUCACAGAUUCUGGUAUUUACAGCUCAAGAGUGAGGGAAGAUACUGCACGGACAGUGAGCGAGAUCCUACAGGAAGAUUUAGCCAGUCACCAUGUCUUCUUCAAUGACCAACACUUUCAUAAUCACAUACCUCAUCAGCUCCUUAGUAUUUAUGCUCUUGGCGCCGCACCGGAGGAUGUUAAGGCUUGCUAUGAACGAAAUAAGACUUAUCAGAGACCCGCCCUUCCGGCAAACCAAGAGAUCAUCCAAUCCAUGCACGAUGUCGCUAAAUUCCAAGAGUACUUUGGGAAGGAAGAACAUUAUCCUAAUUACCUCGCCUUUUUCCAGCACGAGAUCGAUGCCAAGGGUGUUGGUGAGGUUCUAGGGAAGUAUAUCUUCGCCGGGGAUGAGCGAGCUGAGAGUAUGAUGUGUCGGAUGUUUGGCGGACUUGUUCACCCACUCAUCCACCUCGGUUUCGGUAUAGAGUUCAACCAGCCUGCCAUUGUAGCCCAAGGUCUUGCUCAGACAGCAGUGCACGAUGACUGGUUGGGUCGUGCUUUCUUCCUACCCGCAGAGAAGAUGGCUGGCGGCAUCGGAAAGCCAGGGCAGAAGUCGACGUUCCAGCUAAUCAAUGAGAUGCGGGCAGAUACGGCUCUUGUUAAGAGUGUACAGUGGGCCGACGGCAAUAAGAUCAAGGAUGGAGUUCUCCACAGAGCACCUGAGCAGAUGCUGAAGUAUGCUUCUCAAUUCACUGUGUCCGAGGAUCAGAUAGAGGAGCGGCUGGCGGGUAUGAUCAAUACUGUUGUCUACUAUACUAGUGCCGCCCAGCGUCCGACUAGAGAGAUGUGGCUUGAUUUCUUCUUCAUCCAUUGCGUCAAUUCGUCUAUCUUCUUCUCUAAGAUUAUCAAUCUCCCAUUCUUGAAUCAGCGAUCCAAGCUGCGCAUGCUGGAAUGGAAGGGACGCAUCGAUCUCCUGAUGUAUACUUCGCGUGGAACACCGGAUCUUCUGUUGGAUGAGGUGGCCAAUUAUCCCAUAAAGGAGGACUGGUCACAGAUAUUUGCGCGAAGUAUCGCCCACCCCGGUGAUGAUGGACAUCUAGCUAAGCUAGCACGGGCUUUGGCGCAUGGUCAGGAGGUCUGCCAGGCAUAUGAGAGCAAAACCCCCGAGAUGCCGAUCAAGGGAGAUAUGUGGCUUAGGAUUGGGAAUAUAGCUGUUGACUCUACUGUCCAAGAGGGAGAUAGACCAAUGUGGGUCCGUUCGACUGGAUUUGAUGAAGCAUGGGAGCCGGAACGACAGGCACAUAUGUGA